CCUCAACACUCUUUCCCUCCCUCCCCUUCCCUUCCCAAACACUCCCUUAUAAAAAUCAAAUUCCUACAUACUCCUUAUUUUAUUUAUACCAUCCUACAAUUCCUCUUAAUUUUCCCCAUUAAAUCAAAUAAAAAAAAAUACAAAGCUAAAAUAUAGAAACUCAAAACAAAUUUGGAAAAAUAAUUGUUUUUUUCAAAAAUCUCUUCAUAAAUUCGAUUCUCGCCUAACUCUUCCCUUCCCUCGGCCUAUCAUUGUAAAUGGUGAGAGAGGUUGAAGAAGAAAGAGGGGGUAAAGGAAUGCAAUUGGGUAAAUACCAACUUGGUAGAAUUUUAGGUGAAGGAAAUUUUGGCAAGGUUAAAUUUGCUAAAAAUAUUGAAACUGGAAAUUCUUUUGCUGUUAAAAUUCUGGAGAAAAAGAAGAUUUUUAAUCUCAAAAUCACUGAUCAGAUAAAGAGAGAAAUUGCAACUUUGAAGCUUCUAAGACAUCCAAAUAUUGUUAGAUUACAUGAGGUUUUGGCAAGCAAAACAAAAAUAUACAUGGUCCUUGAGUAUGUGCAUGGUGGGGAGUUGUUUGAUAAAAUUGCAUCCCGAGGAAAACUCCCAGAAAAAGAAGGCCGGAGACUUUUUCAACAACUUAUUGACGGUGUUAGUUAUUGUCACGAUAGGGGUGUAUUCCACCGGGACCUUAAGCUAGAGAACAUCCUCAUAGACAGGAAAGGAAACAUAAAAGUAUCUGACUUUGGCCUCAGUGCAUUACCCCAGCAUUUUCGGAGUGACGGUUUACUACAUACAACCUGUGGGAGCCCAAACUACGUUGCUCCUGAGAUUCUCGCUAAUAGAGGAUAUAAUGGUGCUACGGCUGAUGUUUGGUCAUGUGGUGUAAUCCUCUAUGUAAUUCUAACAGGUUAUCUUCCGUUUGAUGAUAGAAAUCUCGCCGUCCUAUAUCAAAAGAUCACAAGAGGAGAUGUUCAGAUACCGAAAUGGCUCUCUCCCGGAGCACAAAAGAUGAUACGGAGGAUUCUUGACCCGAAUCCUAUCACACGAAUCACAGUAGCGGAGAUUAAACAAGAUCAUUGGUUUAGGCAAGCCUAUGUUCCUUCGAAUCCUGAAGACGAGGAAGAUAAUGUCUAUAUUGAUGACGAAGCGUUCUCUAUCAAUGACGAGUCUGAUGGAGAAAAACGCCCUGGAUCCCCUACACUUAUUAACGCCUUUCAGCUAAUUGGAAUGUCCUCGUAUCUUGACCUUUCCGGAUUUUUUGAGAAAGAGGAUGUCUCAGAGCGAAAGAUCAGAUUCACAUCCAAUCUUUCACACAUAGAGUUGCUCGAGAGAAUUGAGAAUAUCGUAGCAGGAAUGGGAUUCUCAGUUCAUAAGAAAAACGGAAAGCUAAAAAUGGUGCAAGGGCCAAGAGAUCAAAGAGGACCAGGGAGCCUUUCUGUUGCAGCAGAAGUUUUCGAAAUAAGCCCAUCAUUGUAUGUCGUUGAAUUGAGAAAAACAUACGGAGAAUCCACAGUUUAUCGACAGUUGUGUAAUACAUUAUCAAACGAUCUCGGAGCAUCGAGAAGCCAAGAAUUCUUAAGUGCAGCCAUAGUAAGUGCUGAAACUGUACCAGAAGUUUGCUAGAUUAAAUACAGUAUUCAUGUAUUAGUGUGUUCUCCAGUAAAAAAGAGCUAUAGGAGUCCUUAUAGUUUGAAUGUUUCAGAAAUUUGUAAUUAGUAUAUCCUUAUACCUUGGAUUUUUUUUCCUUACAAAAAGAAGGAAAAAAAAGCUAUAUAUAAUGAAAAUGAGCUUCAAUUCUUUAUGAAGUUCUUUGAUAGUUCAUAAUGUUGUAAUUGUUUGUUCCAAAUCGAUGAACUAAAAAUGGUGUGCACAUUUUAUAAGUCAUUGGCACUGUCACAGUCACAUGAUUUCGCUUAUCCCCUU